AUGGCCGAUGAACAUGAACAAGCACUUGCUCUUUCUUUAUCUUUUCCUCCUAUUCCUUUUCCACCACCACCACCACCACUACCGCCACCACCCCCACUAGAAGAAGAAGAUAAUGACAAUGAUCCGCAGCUUACUCUUCCUCUUUUUUUUCCUCCGCCACCACCACAACUGCAAGAACAGGAAGAUCAGGACAAUCGUCAGCAGCUUACCCUUUCUCCGUUACCGCAAGAACAAGAAGAUCAUGACAAUGAUCCCUGGCUUAAUCUUUCUCUGUCUAUUCAUCCACAACCACAACCACAACCACAACCACCGCCCCUGCAACAACAAGAUGACCAAGGAAAUGCUGCUGCCACCACCCGCCGCAAGGCUGCAACAACCAGAAGUCCAUCAGCUGCCGCCGCAUCCACCACAACUCGCCCCAAGGUUGCGACAACCAAGAUUAGAAUAUCAGCCGCCGCCCGGGCCUCUACCACCCGCGGCAAUGCCGCACCAACCAUUUAUGUAUCAGCUGCCACCGUGGCCACUACCACCCGCCGGAAUGCUGCAACAACCACCAUUUCCGUAUCAUCUGCCGCCGCAUCCACCACCACUCGCCCCAAGGUUGCGACAACCAAGAUUAUAAUAUCAGCCGCCGCCGGGGCCUCUACCACCCGCGGCAACCGCAACAACCAUUUUUGUAUCAGCUGCCACCGUGGCCACUAUUACCCGCCGGAAUGCGGCAACAACCACCAUUUCCGUAUCAUCUGCCGCCGCAUCCACCACCACUCGCCCCAAGGUUGCAAGAACCAAGAUUAG